AUGCUGGCGGACACCCAGGUAGCAGAGAGACCCACCACAGAGGUGGGAACAGCUCUGUCGGAUGACGUGAACCCGCGAAAGUACGGACUGGCUCUGAUGCUUGAUGAAGGCACACGCAAGAGCCACAGCAUGGCCGAGAAUACCCAGUUCGUGACAGGUUUCUUCAAAGGCCUGGGAAACCGGGGGUCCUUUGCGCAGCUCGUAACAUCCCUGUAUUUCAUCUAUGCGGCCAUGGAGGAGGCUUUU